CUUUCUCUCUCUCUGUCUCUCUCUGUGCGUGUGCAGAGUGCAAAAGCAGAGUCGGCGAUGAGAUCGAAUUUGAGGGAGGGACCAGGUGUGCGAGGCUGGAUUAUAUGAAAUGCGGUGCGUGCAUGUGAAUGGAUUCGACUCAUCAUUUGGCUUCAUACCCCCACAUCGGUUCCGCAAUCAUUCGCUCCCUGUCUAUUUAUAAACUUGGCCCGUCGUCUCCACCGCAUCCACGCCCAGCAUGGGUCGCAACCUCAAGAACGCCCUCCUUGCUUUCGUCGCUCCUCUCCCCUCCAUUCUCUUCUACUUGGCCUUCCUCAAGAACGCCGGCUCUGCGGCUGUUGGCGAUGGCGGCUAUCCCCUCUCCCCUCUCUGGAGCUGGUGCCUUCACCACCCUUUCCUGCUGGCCAACGCCCUCUUCUUCCUCAACGUCAACGUCCUCUUCUGGGCCGUCAGUCAAAUUCAGUCUAGCCACUGGAUGAUAGAUCCGUACUGGACGGUGAUUCCCGUGAUGCUGACGCAUUACUAUGCCACCCACCCUCUCGGGCAGUACAACUGGUGGAGAUCCAGAAUUCUGAUGGCGAUGACGUGGGCGUGGGGCUUGAGGCUCUCCCACAACUACUUCAGGCGAGAGAAAUGGCAGUGGGGUGCUCGGGAAGACUGGAGAUUCACCGAUAUGCGCGCACAGUAUGGCAAGAACUGGUGGUGGGUCUCCUUCUUCGCCAUCUACGUCUCUCAACAGGUUUUCCUCCUUGGAGUGUGCCUCCCUGCUUAUGUAGUACACUCGGUGGACAAGCCCCUGAAUGUUUGGGAUUUCCUGGCUGUUCUUGUCUCGGUUUGCGGCAUCGUCGUGGCCUACUUUGCCGAUACUCAACUUCAUGACUUUGUCUCCAAAAAUGAGAAGCUGCAAGAACUGGGGAAGCCGGUGGCCCUCAAUCUCGACGAGGGCCUGUGGCACUACUCGAGACAUCCGAACUACUUCGGCGAGCAGCUAUGGUGGUGGGGACUAGUCAUAUUUGCGUGGAACUUGGGACAGGGAUGGACAUUUGUCGGCGCGCUGAUCAAUAGCCUGUGCUUAGUUCACGUGACCGGGCUCGUCGAAGAGCGGAUGUUGAAGAAGAAGCACAGGGCUGAAGCUUAUAGGCACUAUCAGAAAACUACAUCGGUAUGGAUCCCUUGGUUCAAGGCAUCCGAUCACUCUGGAAAGGAUAAGACCAUUUGAUCUUUUGUACUCGAACUGCUUGUGGAAACACGUGUGAACCAGCUUGUGUAGCAAAAUGAACACCUUCACGUUGUGCUUCA